CGUUCGGACGCGUAAAACCGGUAGUAGUUCGCUCUUCUCUGUCAUUCGGAUUCAAAGUUCGAUCGUUGUGUGGAUGCACUUUUCUUAUUCUUCCGCUGCUGUGUUAUUGAGUGGUUUUCUUCUCGGAUCAUAUCUCGGGAUUCCGAUGCCACGGAAUGGUUUCCUUGAGCCAGUGGUGAGUGAGAUUUGUUGAAAGAGAAGAAAAAAAUAGCAGAAGUGACGACAGAGGGAAAGGUGUUGAGGCUGCUAACUGCCGAAAACAGUGCCGGAAAGUGAUUUCAAUGCCGGUGUGGAAUGUGGUUUGAAGUUGAGUUAACUUCAUUUACUUUACACGUUUGUAUAAGGCGUAAGAUUCCUUACUGAUCGACUAUUACAAAGAACGCUCCUAACGACGAUGACACACCAAACGACUCGCCGCUUUUCCCAGCAGUGACAAUGCCCCAUCGGGAGCCACUUCCAAGUGUGAAAUCUCUCACACGGUCCCGGUCCAUGGGAAAACAAAGCAUCGUAAAAAAUUAAAAUUGGAAAACCGAUCAUCGUGCAGAAGUAUUCCAAAAUUAGUGUGUGAGUGGCACAGCGUGAAAGUGAUCUCCGACGCAUCGUCGGAAAACCGUCGACGUCGUCGUCGUCAAGUUCACUACAAAGUGGUAUCGUGCAGUGCGCGUGCGAGCGAGUGAACCGCGUUUUGCCUUGAUGUUUUCCUCGCAAGUGUGGCGCGGAUCAUCGGUGCCGGAAGAUGAAUGAUCGCCGGUCGCGGUCGGCGUUGGUGAUUUGUUGAUAGCGCGAGUGAAAUACCGGGUGUUGGCAGCAAACCUUGACCUGUUCUCGAGUGGUUGCGCCUGCCCUGUCAGGUGCGUGACGUGAAGAAUCACCCACACCCAGUACGGUCGCGCGCCCAUUGUCCAGUGUCAAAAUUUUGAAGUUCAAAAAAACUCGUUACAAAAUGGCAGAGAAUGCCGCCAAAAGUGGUGCUAUCGGGGCUGGAGCCGGAAGUGGUGCUAAUGGGAGCAGUGGCGGUGGCGGCGAUGAUCCGCCACGGAAAAGCAAUAUGAAUGGCAAUAACCGGUCCGGGCGGUUUGGGUCGGAUUCCGCGGGGAAAGGCCGGUCGGGAAAUAGUUCGGGUGAUUCCGCCGAUGAAGAGGCCAAGCUGUUGCAGCAGCAGGGAAAGGGAGGUCUGGUGGUGAAGGGGCUGGGUGAGACGAAUGUGGAUAGUGGAGGAGGAGGAGGAGUGUCAGACGGUGCGGAAAAUGGGGAUUUGGUGAAGGCAAGAGAUGGCUCUGGUGUGUCAGUGAUUGAUAUGGCGGAUGCUUCCGGUACGCAACCGUACAAGCCGGUGAAGGGCAGCAAGAAGAAUGUUUUUAGAGCUUCCUAUGACCACGUCAUGACCACGUUCGACAUCACGAAAAAAGCCGAACGACCAUUUAUCGGUUUGAUCCUGGUCACCGUGCUGCUGCUGUUGGUGCUCAUUGUGCUGGCAAUCCUGUGGCCUCGACUUCCCGGCUAUCUAACCAAGGAAGUCUGCCUGGAGGCAGAAUGUUUGGAGGCAAGCAAACAGAUCCUCAUGUGGGCGAAACCGGACAUCAACACGUGUCGCGACCCAUACGAGUGGGCCUGCGGUCGCUUCGAGGAAAAGUACAUCGCCCACAACCUGUUCGGGGUGAACAAGGGGGAGUGGAACUUCGAUGCUCAUCAGGAUUACGAAGAUACAACCGCUGCGUAUGAUUUCAUCUCAAAGCUACCGUCGGUGGGGAUGACCUACUCGAUCCAGGCUAUGCUGAAGAAGUUGCACUCGGUCUGUACUACGGUCGACACGGUUAGCACCAACGAGGUGAUAAUUUCGCUGAAGCGGGCGCUUAAUGAUUUGGGUGGCUGGCGGAUGCUACCCGACAGCAACGAUCCCUACUGGAAUUUGCGGGAGAACUUGCAGAAGGCACAACCCAAGUACGGUGCAACGCCAUUCUUCAAGUUGGGCAUCGAUGCCCGAAAUGCUCCACCGUACGACUACAUUAUCACCGUCAGCGAGGGUGACCUCGGUUUGCCGAGUAAUGAGUUCUACACCCUGGAGGAGAGACAUCCGAUCAUCCAAGCCUAUCAAACGUACCUGAAGGAUAUUCUGGCCCAUCUGGUAGCGGCGUCGACCAUCAAGUCGCAGGAGUAUGCGAGGAUGAUAUACAACUACGAACGGAGGAUCGCCUUGGAUGUGAUGAGUGUUCUGCGGGAGAGUGGUGACAACGCAACUCGACCACAGAUACGAACGCUGCAGCAGCUGGCCAAUGAGGCUCCUUCACUUCCGGUUCUCGAAGCGGCUCAGGCCAUGUUCAAGAAGAAGAUCACCGAAAACACUCAAGUUCUGGUGAACAGUCCCGUGGCGUUGAAGAUGAUCUCGCAGAUCAUCACCACAACCGACCGGGAAAUCUUGAACAACUUCGUGAUGUGGUCGUUGAUUCGGCAUAUGGUUCCGUACAUGUCCCGCAAUUUUCGACUGUCGAUGCACGAAUUCGAGAAGGUACUGUACGGGGUUCAAACCAAGCAACCGACCUGGCACUUUUGCACCAAAGUCGUGGAGCAGUGGAUGCCCUAUGGGCUGGAAGCCCUUCGCGAGAAUCCGGACAAGAUCGUACACGAUCGCAGUGAACGGGAUUAUGCUGAACAUCAACCGACGACAGAUUCGUUGGAUUCGCGUCAUACGUCCCAACUGGUUAGGGAUGAUCGCAUCCGAUACGAUGACGAACUAGUCAAGAUGAUCUUCUACCAUAUACGGGACGAGUACAAAUCGGCAGUAAUUAACUCCAACUGGAUCAAUGAGCAGUUGACCAAGUUCAUCGCUGACAAGCUGUCGAUGAUGCGAGUUCAAAUUGGCAUCCCGCGGGAUCUUUGGAAGAAUUACAAGAAGGCCAAUCAGUUUUACCACGAUUUUGUGUUGGAUAAUAUGCUCUUCAUAGAGAAUGUUGCAAAUCACUGGGCUUUCGCCAAACGACGGAUGGACAUGAUGCUGGACAACAUGACAGAAAGUGACAGGAUAAUUGCAGAACUAUAUCCACCGACAAGUUCCGGAGCUGGCAGAGCUCCCAUCUCCGAUCUUAAAUACUCGAUUGGCCUAAACAUGGUUAUCAUUUCGCGAACAAAAACUCGAGAGCCCUACUUUCAUUACAAAUAUCCCCUGGCGUUGAAUUUCGCCCGGUUAGGGGCGGACAUCUCCCUAAUAAUUCAUGACGCCAUCAACACUUUGGCUGAACAGUUCAAAAAUGCCGAACACACUCUCCCGAAACACAUUCUGGAAAACGUGUUCCAGGACGAGGCGCGAAAGUGUAUGAUCAAGACGCUCCCGGACACGAUCAACGCGGCACGAAUCUCAAACUCCAGCAAGCUGAACCUAUACCUGGAGCUGGCGGCUGGCAGCAUGCUGUCGCAAUCGUUCGGCACCCUGCUGGACAAAAUCGACCGCAACGAGCGGAUAUUCGAGAGCGAGAUAUCCGAACGUACGACGUACGAGGUGCUUGGGCUACGAAACGCCCGGAGGCAUCCCGGCCUCCGGAAGUACGACGCCCAGCAGCUGUUUUCGCUGGCGUACCUGCAGAAGCACUGUGCCGUGCCGGACAGCGGAGCGGUGCGGCUCACCAAGCUGCUGGUGGACAACGACAUUCCCGAAACGGAGAAAUUUUUGCUCCUGUGGCACCAGGUGCCACUGCUCUCAUCCACCCUUGACUGCAGCAGCAGUAGUAGUAGUAUUAGCUUUAGCAGUAGUAGUGCCAGCGAUACCGGUGGUGACGCACAAAACGGUCACUGCAGUCGCAUUCUUUGAUUAGUGCGUCGUCGCCCAGCUGCUCCGGCGCCGCCAACGCCAGUAGUGGCGCUAGACACGCCGCAGCGCAAUCGCAAGCGUAAGAAGCAACUUCCCACCUCGUACUACGAUCCGGCGUUUACCGAUCCUUACUACUACUAUCACGCUGCAGCGGGGCAGCAUCCGCCACAGCAGUCGUCGAAUCCUGUGGCCGUGACUUCGUCGUCCUAUGGGGGUAGCGGAGGCAAUUGGGGCAAAGGUGACCAGCAUCAUCCCUCGGAUGGUGGUAGCAGCGGACAGGGGAGCAACAGCGGUGAUAUCGUCUUUCCUAAAAUUGAUGUGAAUAGUAUAUUCUUCUGAGACGGAUGGCAGAAAGAGUGUAAGUUAGCGUUCCGAGUGCAUGAUGUGGUAAGAUGUGAGUUAUGAUAUAUUAUGGAAGAACCUGAGUGAAGCAUUUCUACGUGGAAUCAAUACUUCCAUUUAUUUGUAACUGUUUAUACGAAUCUGAAUUCGUGAUGAUUUAUUUCCACUAGAAUAAUGAAACUUAAAAAUGUGGAAAUCUUAUUACUCACUUCAUAAUUAAGGUAUGUUUUAACAAGUUGAUGAACGCAACAGAACCGUGCACAUAUUCCGAUAUAUUGUUCAAACCAUCGGACUUACGUAAAAGUUAGUUAAGCGAUAAUUUAUGAUUAGUCAUAAUGCAAAAAUUCCACGACUCACACACUACACGGCCAAGCAAGUGAGCACAAACAUGAACAAAUAAGAAUUUUAUUUUACCACGAAGGAUGCCAGAACAAUCGUCGAAAUUAUUAAAAGUUUCAUUUAGCGAUACCGCAAAAUUUGAAACUCACGUUCGGUCUAACUAGAUUUAAGAUCUAGAAGGAUCAAAUUGCCAAUCAAAUAAUAAUGGAAAAUUAUUAUAUUUCUGCUCAUUAUUCGCGGUGGAAAUUCGGGUCGUAGUAUUCCGCAAUGCAAGCGAAACAGACAAAUAACAGAGACAAACUAAUGUUGAUAAUGUUGCUAUUGAAAAGAUGAGUUUAUAUACUAUUUAAGAAGACGAUGAUACACAAUGAGCGAUACCAGUAGCGAGAUAUAACAAACGUAGUGCGAUAUUUAACACAAAUCUAAGGUAAUGUGAAUAGUGUGAAAGGAAUUUGAGACAAAAUGACGACAAUGGUUGGACGAUCAUUACAGGCCACUGGGCUUUGAAUGGAGGAAAAUGAACAAACACACGAUAAUAAACCGAAUCUUUCUUUUGUAAGGUA